GGAACUCUUCGUACAACACGAAAACCGGCCGAACUACUUUGUCCAACGGUCGCUCGGUGGCGCGUGUUUUCGCUUAUUUCCCGUAGCUAUAAAGCCCCACCUUUGUUUAGUUGUUUUGAUAGUACUUUAUUUGACAAACACGAGUACAAAUACAAGCGUUAUACUUAUUCCUCAAUAUCCUACGGAUAACAAUAUUCUACGGAUAUGUUUUCCCAAUAUUAUAUACCUUUGCUAUGUUUGCUGAGGUGUGUUAAAUGUUAACAAUUUGAAAUCAAAUUUAUUAUAGUGAAAUGAAUUUUAGUGUCUAAUAAUGUUUAAAGAAAUGGGGGUGCAGAAGAGACAUAGUCAAUUUAGUGACACGAAAUACAAGUGGCGGACACUUUUGGUGGUGAUUUUGUGUUUUAUGUGGUGUAAUGGUCAAGAGUUUCGGGUGGAGGAGACGGACCCAUACAUGUUAAACAAAUCAUUAGGGCUUACUGAGUUGCCCGGAGGUGUAGUAGCUGGUGGUAAAACUGUUUGGAAAACUGAAGGUAGUCCGUAUCUUCUUCGAGAUGACCUGCUAGUGGAAAGAGAAGCUGAAUUAGUGGUAGCACCCGGGGUUGAAGUAAGAUUCGCUCCCAUGAUUGGAAUCACCGUGCGCGGAAAACUCGUUGCUGUUGGAGAGUCCGGCCGGGGUAUAACAUUUACGAGUACGGAAGAACCUCAAAAACAAUCCAAACCAUUUCCAGACAUACGUCUGGUCGACGGACCUUCGAUUUUAGCAGGCAGAGUUCAGGUCUUACAUAGAGGACAAUGGAGAUCCGUUUGCACGAACUCGAGAAAUUGGACCAUCAACGACAUGGAAACGGCAUGCAGGCAAUUAGGCUUCAUGGGCGGAACGUUUUACAAUUGGAUGGAUCGACAACCGGGCAGGCGGGCACGACUGUUACUCGAGGAACCCAAGUGUAAAGGCACGGAAUACGACCUCUUCCAGUGUGACUGGAAUUCUCGACAACUGGGUUCAGGCGUAUGUGACUACCACCCUGACCUCGGUAUCCAGUGCCAACCUCAUCACGACGACAAUGAGUUAAGGAAUUCGGGUGUUCAUUGGAGGGGUAUAAGAUUCGAAAACGCUGUGUAUGAGAGGAUACUUACAGCUGCUAAUACACUUUACGUCCCAACAUCGAUGUCAAGACUGGAACAUAUAACUAUUAAAAAUGCAGGUUUGGGAAGAGAUAAUAACGCAACUAGCACUUUAGACAUAAUAGGAGUCCCCCCUUUAAUGGAAGAUAUAGAAAUAUCGAAUUCUGCCUUUAACGCUAUAAACGUGACAUCACCCGACGCUCCAAUCAUAAUAAACAACUGCACAAUACAAAAUAAUAGAGGCUACGGUGUGUAUGUUAAUUCUACGUACGGUAUGACGAAGAUCGAGAAUUGCCUUAUUCACGACAACGGUGGUGACGGGGUCAAAUACGUGGUGCACGAAAUGAAUAUAGAUGAGAAGUUCGAUCGCAGCGAAAUAUUCGAUCUGUGUACACUCGCAUCUACACCUAGUCAGACAUUUCCCAUUCAAAUGUCCAUAGAGCAAUCGAAAUAUUCCAAUAUGGAACGAGAUUGCAAUCAAAAAUUUUAUACAAGACCUGACCAUGUCCUUACACUUAGCUUUAUAAAGCUAUUGACCAAUAAAAACGAUACCGGAGAAAUAUUCAUAUACGACGGCUUAACGGCAAAUGAUAAACUAUUAUUACAAUUUAAUAUAAGAAACCACACUCGACCACAAAGUGUGACAUCCACGAGAAACAGAAUGUAUGUAAGAUUCCGCGCCAAUACACGAACUGAUAUUGUGGGGUUCUUGAGAUUAAUGUCUGGAAUCAGUAAAACUUAUGAUUUGAAUGUAACGGACACGGUUAUUUCCGACAACAAUGGCAGAGGUGUUGUUAUCGAAAAUCUUCGGUCACAAAUUCACAUCCACAGAACAUCUAUAUCCAAUAAUAAUCAUGUAGCCGGGCUUCAAGUUGUGAAUGGUGCAGGAGACGUAAAUGUAACGGAAAGCAGAAUCUCUUUCAACCAAGGUGAUGGCAUUAACAUUACUGUAACAGGAGGUAAUCGCAACAUCUCAAGAAGUAUCAUAAGUUCUAACCAAGGGUACGGUAUAGCAGUUUGGUUGAACAAUACGCAGGAGACUGAAUACAUACCAAUAAACCAAACCACCGUCGUAGAGUAUUCAGAAAUAUUUAAGAAUUUAGAUGUGGGCAUCCUUCACGGAAACUUUUGUGGUGAUAGUUGGGUGAACGUAACGGGAAAUUGGUUUAAUUCUAGCGUUGAGAGCACUAUUGAAAUAAACACAUGCUGGAGAUUUAACGAUCCAAUCAAAUUGCUCAACUUACAAAUAGGACACAACAGAUUUUAUCAAAAUCAACGAGUACCUUUAAAAAUGCAACCUGCACUUAAUGUAAUUGGAAGAAUAGAGUACAAUUAUUUCGAACACGGUGAAUUUGGAGCCAUUGCUAUCCUUAAUAGGAUCGAAGGAAAAUAUCUGGAAGAAUUCGAAAUACUACCGGCUAGAUUCGAUAUACAACAUAAUUAUUUCUACGGCAAUAGAGGACCAUUUGUGGUAAAUCUUGGACUAUCGCCGUAUAGCGAUCUUCAGUAUAUAUUGUUUACAAGGAAUUAUCUUCGCGAAAAUAAAGCAAGAGAACCAUUUGAACCAUUGGAAGGUUUAUCAUCACGACUUACUCCUAGAAGUAGGGUUGCUGCAACUAUAGUUUUGGCGUCCAGUAACAUCGACGUUUUUAGGAAUAUAAUAAAUAAUCCCGAGGCACAGUAUGAAAUUGGUUCACACGUCGAAGACCAAAGUAAAAUUCUUAAUUGUACAUAUAACUGGCUCGGAUUUGGAGAAGAAGAAAAAGUUUAUAAGAGAUUGUUUCAUAGAAAAGAUAGAUAUAAUUUAGCUAAAAUUAUCUAUAUGCCCUAUUUAUUGCAUAGUAGUAACCCUGGUGCCACCCAAAUAAACUAUAACUCACUCUACGUGCCGCAGUUUAAUGUACCUGGAUCUUCCGUCGUUGGAGGCGAAGUAGAAGGAAUUGAAAUAUUGAGACAAGGGGAAUACGAUGUGGAUAAAGAUAUCAAUAUUCGUCCUGGAGGCAGACUUAUUCUGCAGUCUGGAGUAACAUUGAAAUUCCCACCUGCAAUGGGAAUGAUGAUUGCUGGGAAAAUAGAAGCAAAAGGAAAACGGCCAAAUGAUAUAACUUUCACCUUGAAGGAAGAAGUUACCAUGACAAAUGAUAGUGUGUAUGAAACAGAUACAGAGUUAGAACCGACUACGCCAGGCUACCAAGAGCCAAUCGUGCCAAUAAGACUUUUAGGUGGCAGAACACCACACGAAGGAAGGUUACAGGUUCGAAUAGAUAAUAAAUGGGGAACAAUAUGUAAUUACCGUUGGAAUAUUGUAAAUGCCGCAUUGGUAUGCAAUCAACUUGGCUUAGCUUUAAAUCCAGACGAUUGGUUUUUGGAACCUAAUGAAAUUCCCAGUGCUGGAAUAUCUGAAGAUAUUGUUCUCUCGAAUGUAGAAUGCACAGAAUUUGAUAAUGAUAUAACUAAAUGUAAGGCUGAAACAUUAGAAAGUUUUGAAAAUUCUUGUACACACGAAAAUGACGUUGGAAUUAGAUGUUAUGAAACAAGUUGGGCCGGGGUGAGAUUCAGUGUCAUCGCUGAAAGAGCUGACUUACAGUAUGUAAGCAUUGAAAGGGCUGGACUUCUUGAUUAUUCCUCAAACUCGUUCAAACCUGCGCUUCAGAUUGAUUUCGCUCGACAUAGUCUGGAAAGUGUCAAGAUCGUUAACAAUUACCAUGAUGGCUUAGGAAUUUUAUACUCUGAUUUAUACGGGUCUGACGCCAUUAACACAGUCAGAAAUUCCGAAUUUAGUAAUAAUAAAGGUAGCGGCAUUAGUUUCAAGCAGUUGGGCUUAAAGGUUUAUAGUUCUGUUAUAGAAAACAAUGAAAUUGCUGGAAUUUCUCACAAUCCACAUAUAACUGGUCCGCAACAGAGAGAAAUAUCUGGGUGGUUUAAUCUCGAUCCCAUUUUUGACAUGAAUGAGUCAAACUAUCAUCCUAUAAUGGUGCCUGAGUACGAGACAGAUAUAUCCUUAGUCAAUGGAGAAACUAGACAUAUAGUUUUUACAAAGAAUAACAACGAAAAUAUUGUGAAAACUUACAAUAUUAGAUGCAAUCCUGGUUAUGUACUUGGACUUCAACUUUUAAAUCCAAUACAUAACUUUUCAACAGAAAGUAUAUGCAUCUAUGAUUCACAAAAUAUUAACGAAGCUAGCACAGUAUGGUGUCUCGAUCGCGACCUAUCUACAUUUCCAACGACGAGUAAUACAUUUGGCGUUGUAUUGAAAUAUGAAAGCGGUACCAGAGCUUUAGGGGGCGUAGUAUUAGUAAUUAGUACAAUUGUAGCACCGGUGCAAAAUAUCAGGAAUAGAAUUGUUAAAGGACCAGUUCCAACUCUACAGGUUUCAAAUACAAAAAUAAAGGGAAACACGAAAGGAAUUAAAGCACUCUAUUAUAAUCGUUAUCUAAACGAAAUUGGUGAGCACUUCCUUCGCAAAGCGAACGAAACUAUUAAGUUGAUCAAUUGCGAAAUAGCACACAACAUAGAAGAGGCGAUCUAUAUUAACACACCGUUUUGGGAUAUUCAUGAGAGCAACAUAACGGAAAUUACUAUUAUGGUAAAUAAUAGUUUAAUUACGGAUAACGGUAAAGGUAUAUUUCAUUUUGCGAGAGACUUGAGAAGUUCCAACAAUUUGUAUCAUUACGUGCUUCAAGAUAAUACAAUAGAGAGAAACAAAUAUGGAGGAUUCGAUAUAGGAUUACCUUAUGUUUGGCAGUACAAUGAAAACUUUACGCAUUCUAUUUAUCUACAUAAUAAUACUUGGCGUAAUAACCAAAACUUUGCAUUUGUCGUCGACGGGCAUUUUGCUGAAGUAAACAUUACGAAAAACGUAUUUAGUGAUAACAUUUGCAAAAUCGGAUUGAUAUCCAUCCGAGGUAUGGAAAAGAAAAUGAAGAUAGAUGGAAACUUAAUAGAAAGAAACAACGGGCAGUACAUGGUGCAAUUCCAUAUGGAUAGUCAAAGUGAAAUCAUGGGAUUCGUUUACGCCGUAUUUGUCUAUAAUCAAGUUAAGAAUAAUAAAUUUAUGGCGCAAGUAAAUCGUGGUGCUCUUGUAAGAAGCUUAGAUCCCACUUAUGUCAUAGGAUUUAAAGGAAUUCAGAAAGUUAAAGUUAGCCGAAACCUUUUUGGGAAUAAUGCCAUUCAAUAUACUUUACUAGCUGGUAUCAAAACUGCGAAAAUAAAUAAUCUACUGGAUGUUACAGAAAACUGGUGGGGGAGUUCUGAUGAAAAGGAAAUUAGGAAACAAAUAUUUGAUUUCGACGAUUGGAAUAAUCACGCUGUUGCCACAUACUUACCUUACUUACUUGAAGAUAACUUUGAUGCAAGUGUCUCCAUAACAUUCAGCCCUGAAAACGUGGUUGAUCUUAAUGAACUCGGAGGGCGUCUGACAUCAGAUCUUACAUUAGACGCUCGCGCCACACCUUACGUUGUAAGAGCUGAUAUUACCGUCAUGCCAGAUGUAACACUCACGAUAAAUCCCGGAGUUGUCAUGGAAUUUGCUCCAAAUGUGGGUAUACUUGUUAUGGGUAUACUUAAUGCCAUCGGUCAUAGUCAAUUACCUAUUAUCAUGAAACCUAUUCUAUACACGUCUGAAGUGGAAGUUAACAGAAUUGAGAAGAGAGAUAUUGGACAAUAUUCGCCUGGUCACCGCAAACAUAAGCGACAACUGGAGGCCAUGACAUUGCUAAAUUCGAUUAGACUGUGCACUGGUAGAAACUGUUCGAUCAAUGACAAUAACAAUGAAAGAACCAAUGAAGGAUUUUUAGAAUAUUAUAACAAGACAACAUUACAGUGGGUGCCGAUGUGCGACAAUCGUUUCACAGAGAGAAACGCGCAAGUAGUUUGCCGCGCUUUAGGUUUUGACCCGAUAAACGUAUUUUUUGCCCAUGACAGACGAGUAGAAUACCACAGCAAUUCUCUUUCUCGCAUUUGGUCUUGGCCUGAACCAUUACAAUGUGUAGGAACCGAAGACCGGUACGAGGACUGUCCCAUUCGUUUGAAUGGCCAAUUAUAUGGUCACAGACAUGAUUGUAAGUGGAAUUCAGAAUUCGUAUUCAUUCACUGUGGGUCAAGGAAUCUGGAUGAAAAUCUUGAAUAUUGGGGUGGAAUUCGAUUUACUAAUCCAGAAUUUGAGUAUUCCAUGUAUGAACAUAGAAUUCAUGAUCAUCAUACUCAUGAGACAUUAAAAAAAGUUGAGAGUAGGUUGCAGCACAUGCAAAUUGUUGGCGCUGGAAUAUUACAUAACGAAAAGUCUCCCGCUAUUCAAAGUAUUAUAAAGAAUCCAGGUAUUGAAAAUGUGAACAUAAGCAAAUGUGCUCACCACGGUAUCAAUUUGAUUUCUCCAACAGAUACAAUAAACAUUAUGUUUAACUCAAUAAGUGAUACUUUAGGGGAAGGAGUCAGUGCUAUAUCCUUAAAUGGAGAGGGGAGAGAAUCUGAAGAAUCUAGCUUCACGCCAUUGAAGGACCUCAAUCUCCCAUACCAUUUAUUUUCACUGAUAGACAUUUGCGACAGCACGAAAGUUAUUACUGUGGAAGAAAGAGUCAUUCUGUACUACAAAUACGAUAACAAUCCUGUCAAUUGUGUAAAAAUAUUUAAAAGUAUGUUUAGAGUAAAACCUUUCGGAUUUCGGUUAUUACAAUUUAAUUUAUUUAACCACACUCUCAACUACGGGAAGCGCGAUUCGCUGACACUCUACGAUGGAGACAUUUACAACAUAACUGCACCCCAAAUCGGUUACUUGGAAAACGGAUCGCCCGAGGAGAAGAAACUAUUUAGAAGCAGCGGAGCUAGCUUAAGCGUCAAGCUGUUCGCUAAUGGCGCCGCGUCUGUUCACGGAUUCAUUGCUGAAAUCGUCACGCUACCUAUAUCUGCUAUAGGAUUUAAUCGCGACGUUCAACAUAACAUAUCAAGCAGUGAAUUCACCAACAACCGCGACGGCGCCAUCACGUACCAAUCCGUCGGGGAAGUGAACCCCCUGGUGGCGAUCAUCCGGAACGAGAUCACUCACAACUGCCUCAAGCUGUACGGAAACUUCACCACGUGCCAAGCCGCCGUCAAAGUCGAUGUUCAGAAUACACAAACUUUAGUGUUCAGGAACAAUCUAAUACAAGACAACGUCGGUGGCCUACUGGUACGAGCGGAUUCAAGAAGCUCGGCAACGUCGCUCCGGGGAUGGAUCCAUAAUAAUUUGUUCCUCGCCAAUCACGACCUGCCGUGUCUCCAAAUCGAAGGGCGGCAGUCGUCCCCGUACCAGGAGGUGACGCUGUACCGGAACUACCUCACGCGCAACCGCGCGCGCUACCGUGACGUCAUCGAGCUGCGCCAGGUGGUGUCCAACUUCUCGCACAACUACGUGCACGCCAACCGCGGGCGCCGCAUCCUGCAGGUGUCGGGCUUCCACAGCGUGCGCCUGCCCAUCUACCAGACCACGUCGCACAACGGAUUCUACAAAAACUACGCCCUGGACCCCGACGGUCGCGCGACGGUGGUGGCGGGUACUGCUGGUCAGCACUACGUUGACAAUAUAUUUUUCAAUCCCGACAACGAUUACGAAAUGAUAACCAUCAAUAGAUCCAUCUUUAUUGAUUAUAAUCCGACUAUAAUAAGCGCACUCGAUCUGUGGCGCACGCGCAUCGACGCCAAACACAACUACUGGAGCUACAACGAGACCCUCGCGGUGGCGGGCCGCAUCCGCGACCAGGCCGACAACCCGCUCCUACUGGAAGUGGACUACAGGCCGUUCCACAUGAACAACCGCUCGGUGCUGGCGGGCGGCAAGUGCCCGGCCGGCUGGGCGGCGCUGGGCGACACGUGCUACAUGUACGUGGGCGCGCCCAUGACCUACGCCGCCGCGCGCGCCUUCUGCCUCUCCGACAACGCGUCCAUGCCGUACGUCGGCGGGAACUACGAGGCGCUGUACGAGUUCAUCCACCGCCAGAACCAGUGGUACCAGUACGGCGACAGGGUGUGGGUCAACCACAUAGACUACGUCAGCCAGUGCACGUCCUUCGCGUUCACCGCCGUCGAGAUCACCGACUGUCAACAGAAAAAUGCGUUCAUUUGUGAAAUGGACCCCAAGGUGUCCAUCGACCCGAUGUCGUGGCGCGGCGACGCGGUGUCGCUGGCGAGCGUGGCGGCGCUGGUGCUGGGCGCGCUGCUGGUCGUGCUGGCGCUGCUGUGCUGGCACCGCAAGUCCAAGCACAGGCAUAUUCAACGAUUAGAGAGAAGAAACUCGAUACGACAGUCCUUGCACUCCGUGCGGUCCAUUGGUAGUAUAAAUGGCGGUUUUCCUGACACGCCUUACAGGAGAAAGAUGACGACGCAGAUGAGUACCCGAUCUACGGACACUCUCACCAAAGGAUCAGAUUACCGUAAGAUGUUGGCUUCGACUACAUCAAUGGAAUCAAUGGAAAAAAGUCAAUUUAAUUCAUCAAUCGAAGACACUCAAAGUUUCGAUAUCUACGAAGCUCACAAUCCUAAUAACAUAAUCCAAUUAAAACACAGUACAUUUAACAGAAAACCCGCCUCGCCAGAGUAUAGCGUCCCACAGAAUAACAAUAGACCUUUUGAUAUUGCUUAUAAGAAUGAGGGAUAUCGAGAAAAUUCGGGUGCUAGUGGAGCGCCAUCUAUGAAUACGAUAGCGACUGAAGAGUUACCUAUUAUUCACCAUCCAGGAGGUCUCCAAUCCCCCCAGGACGAUGACACAAUAUCUCCUCAAAGUGAAACGCAGUAUUUUACCUCGGACACACUACCUUUACGGGGCAUAGACAAGUCUGAUGACCCGCUGUUUAUGAAACGUGAGCUGGAAAAAGAGGGCAAAAUGUACGGCCCAUAUGGAGCCCCUAAUCAUGGUGGGCAACCAAAACUGUCCUUUUUGAUGGAGUUAAGGUCGAAGAUACCAGAGCAGCCACAACCUGGAGCUAUGCCUACCACUACGUUUGGUCAGCGAAAUAUUCCAGAUGAACCUCAAUACUUCGACGAUCGGUUACCCAGCCCUCCCGGUUAUUCUUUCGACACCAGUUCCAGGAACUCACCUGAUCCUCCUUAUACGCCUGAUCUGCCUUAUUCGCCUGAUCUGCCUUAUUCGCCUGACCUCCACAGUCGCUCACGAUCCGAAACGUUAUUAGAGACUAACUUCGACUUCGAAAACUCGCAAGGUCAUCCAAUAUCCGAAGACAGCAGAUCGUAUAGUCAACCAUUAGAAACCGCUAUGUAGGAUAUAAUGAAAUUACCAAAAAGAAAAUAUUAAAAUUUCCACUUAAUAUUAGUUCUUAA